AUGGCGGGGCUGUGGCUGCUGCUGCUGGGCGCUGCGCUGGUCCCGGCCGCCAGCACCUUCAACCUGGACGUGGAGCGCCCGGCUGUCUACUCGGGCCCCGAGGGCAGCUACUUCGGCUUCGCCGUGGAUUUCUUCGCUCCCGACCCAUCCUCGAUAUCUCUUCUGGUGGGAGCUCCAAAAGCAAACACCACUCAGCACAACAUUGUCGAAGGAGGCCAGGUGCUCAAAUGUAACUGGAAUUCAAACAGGAACUGCCAGCCCAUCAUAUUUGACUCCACAGGCAACAGAGAUUUUGCUCCUGAUGAUCCACUGGAAUUUAAAUCUCAUCAGUGGUUUGGAGCUUCUGUGAGAUCCAAAAAUGAUAAAAUUCUGGCCUGUGCCCCCUUGUACCACUGGAGAACGGAAACUAAGCAAGAGAGAGAGCCUGUAGGAACUUGUUACCUGCUUGCUGGAUCAAAAUCUGUGGAAUAUGCACCCUGCAGGUCAACCACUAUCGAUGCAGACGGACAGGGAUUUUGUCAAGGUGGAUUCAGCAUUGACUUUACAAAGGGAGACAGAGUGCUGCUUGGAGGACCUGGAAGUUUUUACUGGCAAGGCCAACUUAUUUCUGAUCGAGUGACAGAGAUUGUGGCUAAAUAUGACUCCAGAGUCUACAGCACAAAGUAUGAUGACCAGUUAGCAACCAGGCCUGCCAGUGCUGCUUUUGAUGACAGCUACUUGGGUUAUUCGGUGGCUGUUGGAGACUUCAAUGGUGAUGGCAUAGAAGAUUUUGUAUCAGGAGUCCCGAGAGCAGCAAGAACUCUGGGCAUGGUGUCUAUUUACAAUGGAAAAAACAUGUCUUCCAUGCACAACUUCACUGGGGAACAGAUGGCUGCCUAUUUUGGGUAUUCAGUGGCUGCCACAGAUAUCAAUGGGGACAAUUACACAGAUCUAUUUAUUGGAGCCCCUCUUUUCAUGGACCGAGGUUCUGAUGGGAAACUUCAGGAGGUCGGCCAGGUUUCCAUUUGCCUUCAGCGAGCUUCUGGAGGGUUUCAGAUCACAAAGCUGAAUGGUUUUGAGAUAUUUGCGAGAUUCAGCAGCUCUAUUGCACCUCUGGGGGAUCUAGAUCAGGAUGGCUUCAAUGAUAUUGCAGUUGCUGCACCGUAUGGUGGAGAGGACAAGAGAGGACUUGUCUAUAUCUACAAUGGAAGAGCAUAUGGGUUGAAUGCAGUCCCAUCUCAAAUCCUUGAAGGGCAGUGGGCCGCUCGCACUAUGCCACCCAGUUUUGGGUACUCGCUGAAAGGAGCCACCGACGUGGACAAAAAUGGAUACCCAGACUUGAUUGUUGGAGCCUUUGGUGUUGACACAGCUGUUUUGUACAGGGCUAGACCAGUUAUUCGAGUAAAUGCUGCCCUGGAAGUUAAUCCAACCAUUCUAAACCCAGAAAACAAAGCCUGUUCACUGCCAGAUGUCAAAGUUUCUUGUUUUAAAGUGAAGUUCUGUCUAAAAGCGGAUGGCAAAGGAAAGCUCCCAAAUUCACUCAAUUUCCAAGUGGAGCUGCUGUUGGAUAAACUUAAGCAGAAAGGAGCUAUAAGGAGAGCUCUGUUUCUUCACAGCAGACAGCCCAGCCACUCUAAGAACAUGACCAUUACCAAGGGGGGCAAGAUGAAUUGUGAAGAACUUGAUGCCUUUUUGAGGGAUGAAUCUGAAUUCAGAGACAAGCUAACUCCCAUUACUAUUUUUAUGGAAUAUCGUCUGGAUUACAGAACAGCUGCAGAUGCAACAGGACUGCACCCUAUCCUCAACCAGUUCACUCCUGCUAAUAUGAGCAGACAGGCACAUAUUCUGCUGGAUUGUGGUGAGGAUAAUAUCUGCAAACCAAAGCUGGAGGUAUCAGUGGAAAGUGAUCAGAAGCAGAUCUACAUUGGUGAUGACAAUCCCUUGACACUAAUUGUCAAUGCUCAGAAUCAAGGGGAAGGUGCCUAUGAAGCAGAACUCUUUGUCAUCGUUCCACCCCAAGCAGAUUUCAUUGGUGUUGUUCGUAACAAUGAGGCUUUAGCAAGACUGUCAUGUGCCUUUAAAACAGAGAAUCAAACUCGCAUGGUGGUCUGUGACCUGGGAAAUCCCAUGAAAGCAGGAACUAAGCUAUUAGCUGGCCUGCGUUUCAGCGUGCACCAGCAGUCCGAAAUGGAUACCUCUGUCAAGUUUGACUUGCAGAUACGAAGCUCCAACCUGUAUGACAAUCUGAGUCCAGUAGCAUACUAUCAGGCUGACCUUGCUAUUUCAGCAGCUGUUGACAUUAGAGGUGUGUCAUCUCCUGAUCACAUCUUCCUUCCUAUUGCAAACUGGCAGCCAAAGGAGAAUCCAGAAACAGAAGAUGAUAUUGGGCCUUUAGUUCAGCAUAUCUAUGAGCUGAGAAACAAUGGUCCAAGUGCAUUCAGCAAGGUGAUGAUGACUCUUCAGUGGCCUUACAAAUACAAAAACGACACGCUGCUGUAUAUUGUUCAGUAUGAAAUCGAUGGUCCCAUGAACUGCACUUCUGAUAUGGAGAUCAAUCCGCUGAAAAUUAAGAUUUCUGCUUCUAAAGAUGAUGACAAGAAUGAGACUCUUAGCAGGGAAGAUCAUCGUGAUCAUCAUAUCAGUCGAAGGGAUGUAACUGCCAUGGAAGGAGAUGUGCAAACUUUGGGCUGUGGAAAUGCUGAUUGUUUAAAGAUUGUCUGUCAAGUUGGCCACCUGGAAAGGGGAAAGAGUGCAAUAUUGUUUCUGAAAUCACGCCUUUGGACCCAAACGUUCAUGAAUAAAGAAAAUCAGAAUCACUCCUAUUCCCUCAAAUCAUCUGCUUCUUUCAGUGUUAUAGAGUUCCCCUAUAAGAACCUUUCCUUCGAAGACAUCCACAAUUCCACAGUAGUUACUACAAAUAUUACAUGGGGCAUUCAACCACAGCCUAUGCCUGUGCCAGUGUGGGUUAUAAUUUUGGCUGUCCUAGCAGGAUUAUUGCUCUUGGCUGUUCUAGUGUUCGUUAUGUACAGGAUGGGCUUUUUUAAACGUGUGAGACCACCUCAGGAAGAACAAGAAAGAGAACAGCUGCAACCACAUGAGAAUGGGGAAGGAACCUCAGAAGCUUAA